AUGGGGACGGGCGGAGUGAGGAGGCGGAGCGCGGUCAAUGGCGCGGGAGGCGGUGGAGAUGAUGGCAGCGAAACCGACGGUCAGGGCGGCGAGUUGCCACCGGCAGCUGUGGCGGUGGAGGGAGAAGCGUCGGGUGACGUGGCUGACGCGGCUGAUACGCGGCGGCAGUACGGGAUGUACGGGGACGACGUGGCGGAGGCGGCGAAGGGCUUCGAGGAGCCCGCGGACGCCGCGCACCACCGCCACCUCUACGCCGCGCACCACCGCCACCUCUACGCCGCGCACCACCGCCACCUCUACGCCGCGCACCACCGCCACCUCUACGCCGCGCGCGGGGUGGUCUACCAGUGGCUCGGCGACCCUGCACUCCGGGCUGUCAGGAGGCGACGCGUGGCACCCGGAGAAGCGCGUGGUGAAGGUGAGCGUGUUGGUGCGCGAGGCGAGCUGCACCUCUCCCGCGUCGCCAAGGAGCGCAAGCGCGCGCUGCUGGGGCGGCGCUACAACACCCACCGCGACGAGCUCACCAUCGUCAGCGAGAGGUGCGUGCCACCUGAUUGA